AUGGCCCCCACACCCGCGUUCACCAACAAGCAAGUCUGCGACUUCUUCUUCAAGCCCGUCCUCGACCACCAGGACGAGCCGACCAGCUUCUUUCGCUGUCGGUGCUCGAAGGUUCGCAAGCAAGACAUCAAGACUGGUUACACGAACCUGAUGAGCCACGUGCGCUCUCAACACCCCAACUUCACCGCAGAGAUCGCCAACAGUGGCAUGGCCGGUGGGACGCUGAUUGGCUUCGUCGACACGAAAAACCAGACGGUCUACAGCUGGGUCGACUGGGCCGUCUCCUGUAACCUCCCCUUCUCGUUCCCGGAAGACGAGACGGUGGCAAAGUACGCGUCUGUUUCUCCGAUCUCCACCGAGUCCCUCGUGAAGUACAUGGGCCUUUUGACCAAAGCAGCUGAAGAAAUUAUCGCUGCUAUUCUACUUGAGAAGUUUGGAAUCGUCUUCGACGGGAGCACGUACGUGGUCGUGUUCGCGGUAUUCGCCCACGAUGGCAAGAUUGAGAAGAUUCUGCUUGCAAUGCCCCCCCUGGUUGACGACGAAGUCAUGGAUCACUCAGCUCCUGCUCACGUCGACUUCCUCCAGACCAUUCUGGGCUUCUUCAAGUGCACCUUGGCCAGCGUGCUCUAUCUCGUUGGCGAUAACUGCCCUACCAACGGUGCCGUUGCUACGCUAAUGAGGGUGCCGUUUGUGGGGCGCGCCAGUCAUCGACUUAGCUUGGCGGUAGUGGAGUACAUGGAGGCUUACGAACCCCUACUCAACAAGGUGCAAGAUUUGAUGCGUAAAUUACGCGGUCUGAAUGCUUCGGCGAGUCUUCGACCGGUGCUGCGCCAGUCGACGCGGUGGUCGUCGACGUUCAACAUGGUCAAGCGCUACUUCGACCUACAAGAUGCAAUCAACACGCUCGACGACUCAACAGCCGCUUUAAUGCCGACUCGGCGCGAGGAAAACCAACCCAAGAGCCUCCUCGACGAGUUGAAGGCAUUUGAGUCAUCGUCCAAAAAACUACAGAGCUCAGAAGGGCUGUCGCUGCUGGACGCUCGCGACAUCUUCGAUGCUCUCAUCGCUGAGCACCCUGGUGUUGAAAGCCACCUGGGAACCGACGAUGCUGUCGUUCAUCAACUUGAGUUCGAGGACGCCUGCGUGGGUGUGCUUCUCAACAAGACGGACUUGCUAACAGCGCAGCAACGAGCUCUACUGGCACCUUUUUCCGUCCCCGCAACCUCGUCCCCCGUGGUGGAGAACAAAAAACUUGGUUUCACGGAUCGAGCGUUAAAAAGACGCAGAAUGCUGCGUGAGCAGCCGCAAGGAUUGCUUCCUGUUCAUCUGGAGACCAUUCUCUUCCUCAAGGUGAACCGGCAGCUGUGGGGUGUGAAGACGGUAGCAGACGUAGUGAACGCUACAAAGUGA